UCUAGCAGUUUUCCUACGGAGUCGGGCAAGUGAUUAAUGAUGUCACUCGCCGCAUGAUACAUUCAUUCCUGUUAGGUUCCAAGAGUUCGAUGUCGCCAUAAUAGUUACACAAAAUGACACAUCAACCAAUGCUCGGAGUAACAACUGAUUUAUUUCUCAUAGUGAAUCAUAUUAUAUACAGGUUUUUAGAUAGGCGUAACUAGAACGAAACGAUAAUCAUUCUAGGUAUUUACCACAAAGGAAAUUUGCAGGUGAGCAGUAGUACGUUGUGGUGUAUUCUAAUCUGGGACAACAGCUAAGUAACUUAAGUGUGGGUGCUCGGAAUAUCCGGGCAUGUAUUCUAACAAUUUCGAAUGAUUUUUCUCGUGAGAGUGGUUGGAAUUUCUGCUACCUAUGCCGGCUUGGUUGCUGUUUGCAGUCUUUUCGCCGGUGCAUUGAUAUUUGCUCCAGUGGCAGGUUUUUUUAUGUCAUAAGGUUAAGAUUCCGGUCAUUUCACGCAGACAUGGAAAGAAAAAAUCGUGGUAUUUCUUUGGAGCUAUUGCAACUGCAAUAGGUAUGCCACUGUUUUUCAGCAAAUGUUUAGUUUGCGGCAAUGGAACCAGUGAGUGGGUGGUGCUGUUAUAUUACUUUCUCAUUGCCACCGUACUUUCAUUUUCCAUUAAUUUUAUUUACAUAUCACACCUGUCUAUGAUUCCUGUUUUGGCAAAGGAUCAAAGUGAGGCUAUCAAGCUUACUGCUUCAAGAACGGGUUUCAUGUACUUAACUGGCAUCGUUUCCUACCUUGUGGCAUGGCUUAUUCUCGGACAAGAUAACCGUGAUCAGUUAACAAAAGAAAGCUCAAUGGAUUUUAUGGUGAUAACUCUGAUAUUGACAGGAGUAGGACUGGUUUGCUCUGCUAUUUUCCAUUUUGGAACCAAAGAACCUUCAGAGGAUUCAAAGGACAAGGCGCUUUCUGAGUCAACUGCAGAUUCUAUGUCAUUUGCAAUUUUAUCAGAAGUUAAUGAGUUUGAUUAA